AUGCCUACCAUGCUCGGACUCACAACCGACCCGUCGCCUAACGGGCUCGACAGCAAAGAGAGCAAGUUCGGCCAACGCUCCAGCAGCCGCGACAUGGAGCUCGUGCCCCGACAGAGCGGCAGCCUGACGUCGGGCAUCGAGAACUCGGACUUUUUCAACGGCGGCAAGCAAAAGGAGCACUCUGACGACGAAGAGUCGGACGAUGAGAAGCUCAACACCAUCAAGGGCCGCAACCACGCCGCCGCCAAGGAGAUGGAGACGCUGCUGUGGCGCGCCCUGUGCGACAAGCCCAAGAGCGCUCUCAAGUACAUUGGCAAGGACGCCGUCAUCUCCAACCGCUUCCUGUUUGGCGACCCGGAGCCGCGCACCGCCGAGUCGGACCCGCCGCUGGAGGAAGAGAUCAAGCACUGCGAGGAGUGGCUCGCCUACAAGAUGCACGACCCCCAGGUGGUAGAGAUUGGUCUCAUGGCGGCCGCCAUCGCCUACAAAGUCACCCUGUUCCGCCAGAUUGACCAAGGGAAUGGUCAGUACGGGAUGCAGACGGUCGAAGCUACCUGCUCAAGCUCCUGGAGGCAGCUUGCGAGUGGAGAUUGGGAGCUUUGCAGCAUGUUUGCCAGUUAG